CUGGUCAUAGGCUUUAGCGGACUUGGGGAUUCUCCGGUUUCCGCCAAUGGAAAGGCAACUCUGAUUUCAACCCAGGAACAGGGGCCCUACAGAUUUGAAGUUUCUAUCCUGCCCAGCAGAGCAGUGGUCAACAACACCCACCUUAGCCUGCGAAUCAUUGAACUGAGUUCGGAGGUCACUUUAACCGAGGGAUCGGUAAAUAUUUCAGCGACAGGGCCGGGCCAGGGCACUAAUUUCGGGCCCAUUGUGGCCGACAAUAAUGUCCUGCCCCAGUUCUUCGAGACUACCCUGCCCUUUGACGCGCCUGGCGUUUGGCAGGUCAGCAUUAACGCAAGCACCGAACUGGGCGAAGAGACUAUCCAGUUGUCCCUGGAUGUUCGCGAAGGCCGCCCCAUAAACCUGAUUCUGGUGGCGGCAAUUGCAGUGGCUGUGAUUGCCGUAGGAAUCUGGACAUUUGACCGGAUUAAGGCGGGCAUUAGAAGGCGGAAGGCCAGGGCUUAG